CUAACAACAUUUGCCGCCCAAUGCUAACAACAAUGGAGGAGAGGUUAAUAGCGGCGGUGUCCGACUAUCCCGAGUUAUACAAUUCCACAAUAAAUUCAUAUAAAGAUGCUGCUAGAAAAGCCAAAGCGUGGAGAGCAGUGAGUCUACAAGUCGAAAUACCCGAGGAGGACUGCCGCAGGCGAUGGAAGAGUUUACGGGACAUGUUCAUCAAAGACAAGCGUGCAGAGCAGCGUAGGCGAGCAUCAGGAACGUCCCACCGCAGCUGGAAAUACAGCUGGCAGAUGUCUUUUCUCACACCCUUUAUCCAGUCCAGAUCUCUGGCUGCAGAUGAGCCCGAAGAAGACAGAGACGACGAGGACAAAGAUGAGGAGAGGACGACGGACGGGAACUCGGCAUUUGUGGUGCAGGACUUUGAAGGAGAUCAUGGGAUGCUGGACGGAGCGUCGCAUUACUCUGCUUCAGGCUCGCAGGGAUCGGGACGCAAGCGAAAGUGGCACAUGGAGGCCAACGAGGACUUGGAGGACGAGAUGUUCUUGUUUAGUUUACUGCCGUAUCUGAGACGACUGCCAUACGCUAAGAAGAGCGCGGUCAAAUUAAAAAUCCACCAGCUGCUGUAUGAGGCAGAGUUUAAGUGAGCUUCUAUAUGGGGCCGGGAUAAUAAAUCCAUGCAUUACGAAUCAAUAACGACUUGAUUUUUCUGAAUACAUUGCUGUUCUCUCUUGAAUCGGUUGUGAGUUUUUACCAGCAGAUGGAACUAUAUGCUUUACAAACUUGUCUCAUUCUGACACAUAUCCUUACACAUAUCUUUUAAACGCAAAAUAGUCAAUAAUAAAGUUUUUAGUGAGCUGUGUAUAAUGCCGUUGAAGAAACGCCAUCUGCCGUUUGAAAACUAGCAUAGAGCGCCAUCUACUGUUUAAAAUCAAGCGUACAGUGCCGUCUGCUGCUCAAAAACUGGCCUAGAGCGCCAUCUGCUGUUCAAAAACUAGCCUAGGGCACCAUCUGCUGUUUAAACUAGCCUACAGCUCCAUCUGCUGUUCAAAAACUAGCCUAGGGCACCAUCUGCUGUUUAAACUAGCCUACAGCUCCAUCUGCUGUUUAAAAACUAGCAAAGAGGGCUAUCUGCUGUCAACACUAGUUUAGAGCUCCAUCUGCUGUCUAAAAACUGUCCUAGAGCACUGUCUGCUGUCUAAAAACUAGCCCAGAGUACCAUCAGCUAGUUUUUAGACAGCAGAUGGCACUCUAGGCUAGUUUUUAGACAGCAGGUGGCACUCUAGGCUAGUUUUUAGACAGCAGAUGGCGCUCUAGCCUAGUUUUAAAAUCAGAUGACGGUCUAAAAUCAGAUCUAGCCUAUUUUUAUCACCAGAUGGUGCUCCACUCAAUCGUAGCUAGGUGUUAAAACUAGCCUAGAGCGCCAUCUGGUGUUGAAAAACUAGCCUUGGGCACCAUUUGCUGUUUAAAAACUAGCCUAGAGUGCUAUAUGCUGUCUAAGAACUAGCCUAGACCGUCAUUAGCUAGUUUUUAGACAGCAGACCACGCUCUAGCCUAGUGUUAACACCAGAUGGUGCUCCACUUUAUCGUAGCCAGCCUAGCACACCAACUGGUGUUAAAACUAACCUAGAGCGCCACCUGCUGUUUAAAAACUAACCUAAAAUGCCGUCUGCUGUUUAUAAACUAGCCCAGAGCGCCGUCUGCUGUUAAAAACUAGCCCAGAGCGCCAUCUGCUGUUUAAAAACUAGCCCAGAGCGCCGUCUGCUGUUAAAAACUAGCCCAGAGCGCCGUCUGCUGUUAAAAACUAGCCCAGAGCGCCAUCUGCUGUUAAAAACUAGCCCAGAGCGCCAUCUGCUGUUUAAAAACUAGCCCAGAGCGCCGUCUGCUGUUAAAAACUAGCCCAGAGCGCCGUCUGCUGUUAAAAACUAGCCCAGAGCGCCAUCUGCUGUUAAAAACUAGCCCAGAGCGCCGUCUGCUGUUAAAAACUAGCCCAGAGCGCCGUCUGCUGUUAAAAACUAGCCCAGAGCGCCAUCUGCUGUUAAAAACUAGCCCAGAGCGCCGUCUGCUGUUAAAAACUAGCCCAGAGCGCCGUCUGCUGUUAAAAACUAGCCCAGAGCGCCGUCUGCUGUUAAAAACUAGCCCAGAGCGCCGUCUGCUGUUAAAAACUAGCCCAGAGCGCCGUCUGCUGUUAAAAACUAGCCCAGAGCGCCGUCUGCUGUUAAAAACUAGCCCAGAGCGCCAUCUGCUGUUUAAAACUAUGCUCAGAAUUGAUUCCACAGAGAAUCACAAUGCAGUCCAAAAACUGACCCACGAAUCAUAAUACAUCAAUUUAUCGUCCCAGCCCUACUUCUAUAGUUUCUUUAAUAUUUUUCUAUCUUUUAUUGAUAUUGAAAUUCUAUCCACUGCAUUUUUUAAAAAACAUUCGUAUCAUUGUACCGAUGCUGGUAGAUGUUUGUUUCAUCAGAGAUCAAUGAUUAAACAGACAUGUAUA